AUGGAGGUUUAUAUAGAUGACAUGCUGGUUAAAUCGCUCGAGGAGAAGGAUCACGUGAAGCAUUUUCGAGACUGUUUCGAGCAGCUCGACUUGCAUAACAUGAAGUUGAACCUAGCAAAGCGUCAAUUCGCGUUCAAGGAGUUCGAGCUUACACGAAUACCUCGGGAGAAAAAUGCAUCCGUCGAUGUCCUACCUGCCCUUGCUUCAAUCUCGGAUCCAGGAUUAAAGAGAGUCAUACGAGUGGAAUUAAUCGAGAAACCCAGCAUCAGCAUCGUAGACGGAGUCAACCUGAUUAACCCCCCUGAAGAACAGCAAGAGAUCAACGAAGACAACGGCAUAGCCGACAUGGACGAGGAUGCUUCCCGCGAAACAACAGAGUAUGGGAGUGACAAAGAAUGGAUGGGAGCAAUUCAGACGUACAUCACAGACGGAGAAGUACCAUCAGACAGGUGGGGAGCUCAGAAACUCAAAGCUCAAGCAGCCCGUUAUAUACUCCAAGACGGAAACGUCUUCAAGUGGCAGUUUUCGAGACCAUUAUUGACAUGCCUCGAGGGAGCCGAGGGGAGGAAGAUCAUGGAAGAAGUUCAUAGUGGCGCGUGUGGCAACCAUGCGAGCGGAAGAUCUUUAGCGAUCAAGAUAAAACAACAUGGUUACUACUGGCCAGCCAUGGUAAAAGAUUGCGAAAAGUUCUCUGUCAGGUGUGAAAAAUGCCAGAGGCACGCUCCAACCAUCCAUCAGCCUACCGAGCUGUUAUCAUCAAUCUCGGCUCCUUAUCCGUUUAUGAGUGGGUCGAGGCCGAUUCGUAUGCGAGCAUCAAAGACGCCCAAGUCGAGCAUUUCGUCUGGAAGAAUAUCAUCUGUCGACAUGGGCUCCCUUACGAGAUUAUUACAGACAACGGAUCCCAGUUCAUCUCAGCUCGGUUUGAAACUUUUUGUGAGAAAUGGAAAAAAGGGCAAGUCGACACUGAGAUACCCACAAGGAAACGGUCAAGCUGAAGCAGCUAAUAAGACGAUUCUCGAUGGGCUGAAGAAACGGCUCGAUGCUAAAAAAGAACGUUGGACAGACGAGUUAGAGAGAGUGUUAUGGUCUCACCGAACACCUCCAAGAAGAGGUACAGGAGAGACCCCCUUUGCCCUAGUUUACGGAGCAGAGUGUGUUAUUCCGCCUGAAGUAGAUUUCCCAGGAAUUCGCCAAAGACUUCUCCCCGGACAAGAGGGCUUAAAUCAUCUAAUGAUGUUAGACGAGCUGGACCUAGUGAACAAACGUCGCGAUCAAGCACUGAUAAGACUUCAAAAUUAUCAGCAGACAACGGCGAGAUAUUAUAACAAGAAUGUCCGAAGUCGACGGUUCAAAGAAAAUGACUUGGUACUGCGGAAAGUUUUUCAGAACACCGAGGAAAGGAACGCAGGAAAGCUGGGAGCCAAUUGGGAAGGACCUUAUAAAAUCACCAAGGUAGUCUGA